GUAACAUCUGAUUUUAUGUUUCAUACCACUUCGACAUGAGUGGCUAAUAACUUGGAGUUUACGGUUUCCAAGCGAUAUUUUUAAAAUUACUUACAGUCAUCUUAAAGAUAAUUUAUAUUUUUGGCAGUAAUGUUACCGGAAUUAUCUUCCAGCUUAAAGAAAUUUGUAACUUCUAGAAAUGAAGAAAUUUCUACAAAUCAAGUCAACGUGAGAAAAAGAAAUCGCAGUCCUAGUGAAGAUAAAACAGGCUGCGAGUUUCAACAACCUUUUAGCAACACUCCAGCUAAGCAAAGGAAGAUCGAGGCUGACGAUGGUUUUAUGUCCACUGAAGCAAAUCAUUUGUCUUUUCGGAGACGACUAGCUGACUGGAUGUCAUGGAUGGUAGAGGCCCCAUCUAGAAAUAGGAAUUUCUUCCUGAGCAGUGUUGCAAAUAUGUUUCGAAACCCAGAAAAUAAUGAAAGUACUGAAGAAAAUAUACCAGUAAAAGAUAAAGUAGAUGCUGUGCAUACUUUUACUGGUGAAAGAGAAACACUUUGGUAGAGAAGAAACAUCAUCAUGGAAAGAAGAGGACCUGAAGAGAUCGCCAUUAAGAACAAAAAAUGAAAAGACAACUCAACUUAAGAAACUUGGUAAAUAUUCUGUACCGUUGGAGAUUUCUCCUCAAUCUGGUUCCUCUACUGUUACAGAACCUAACAAAUUAUCGCCAAAGGCCAGACAAAUUCCUCUUUAUAAAUCAAGCCCAAAUUCUAAUAAAUUUGAGAAGUCAAAAGAGAAACAUGGGCCAAGUAGGUGCCAGAAGCAUCCAGGUUGGCAAUCUGGGUCAGGGAAAACAAGUUGGCUUAAAAAUGGAAGGAUUGGUAAAACAUCAAACAAAUGGUUGACUGUCACAGCUCAACAGAGCAUUCGCCUUCAAGAACGGGAACAAUAUAGGUUGCUGCUUCAACAGUAUACCUCAGAACCUUUAUUUCAUCAAGUUUCUGCAUGGAAACCAAGACUUUCUUUCCAAGAUGCUUGUGUACAGAAUAAUCUCACCAAAGGGUCUGCGUCUAAGUUGUAUGACACUCCAGCUUUCCGAAAGGAAAGAUUAGACCCCGUGGCUUCUGAGCACCUUGUGCAGUCUUUAAAAAAAGCUGGUAAGAAGAAAUUGAAAUUACUUGAAAAAUACCCAGACCACCAAGGAAGUCAGUUUCAGACUAUUUUCUCAAAGUCUCUAUUGAAUGCAAGUACAUCCAAAACCACUGAAAAUGUAAAGAAAGACACGUCCAGGAAAAAAUUCUCUGUGGAAUCCAAGGACAGCUCUCUCCUAAUGACUGAUAUCCAAUCUCCAGAGAGAAACUCUUCUACUAUCCCCUAUUACAAAAGUUGUCCUUUCUUCUCUCCUAAGUGGCUGGAAGAAUUAAAAUGUUCCUUGUCGAGCAAAUCUAAGGAACGAGAAGAUUUUCUUUUAGCCAAAGAGAGAAAGCUCCAGGCACUACAAGAACAGAGGGAAGCAGAAAAUGCAGCUUGGGAAGAGAGGCUGAAGAAAAAAUUGGAGCAGGCCCAUAUCGCAGCACAAGAAAACUGUGAAGAGGAGGAAGACAUUAGCAAAGAUUUUCCUGAGCUUACUGAUGAAAUGGAGAGGCUUGUGGAGGAUGCAUUAGAACCAGUUCCUCCUGAUGAAGUGCUUGUUGAAGGUUUCCGGUUAUCUAUUACCAGAAGAGAUAUGGAAACAUUAGCAGGACUUAAUUGGUUAAAUGAUGAGGUGAUAAAUUUCUACAUGAACCUGUUAAUGGAAAGGGGGAAGCUGGAAAACUUUCCAUCUGUAUAUGCCUUCAAUACAUUUUUCUAUCCCAAGCUAGCUGCUGGUGGCCACAAUGCCCUACGAAGGUGGACACGAAAGAUCGACAUUUUCUCCUACGACCUUUUGUUAGUACCCGUUCACCUUGGAAUGCACUGGUGCUUAGCUGUGGUGAACUUCCAAGAUAAAAAAAUUGAGUACUAUGAUUCAAUGGAUGGUCAAAAUGGUGAAUGUCUAAAGGCCUUAAGAACUUACUUACAGGAGGAAAGCUUGGACAAGAAGAAAAAAGAAUUUGACAUCGGUGAAUGGUCACUGGAAGUUGUUGAGGACAUUCCUCAUCAGAUGAACGGAAGUGACUGCGGGAUGUUUACAUGCAAGUAUGCUGAAUACGUUACCCGUAGAGGAAAGAUCAACUUUACUCAGGCUCACAUGCCGUAUUUUAGGAGGAGGAUGGUGUACGAGAUCUUGACCAAGAAGCUUUUGUAAUCUUCCAACUUACGACUGCUUUUCAUCUCUGCAUCAUUUUGUACACCAAACAGCACAUACUGUACAGAUAACGUUUACUAAGAAAUACAGACACAGAGGCUAUAUCGACAGAUGUUGUUUUAUUUCAUUUUGUAUUUUGUUUUAAUUGACGUAAUAAAUGUAUUACAAUAACUUCGAGGGUUCUGACGUUACAAUCAAAUACAGUGAAGUUAAUCAACAUAACCGUAUGUUAAAACUUAUAGAUCCAUUUUAAAUAGUCUGGUAAGUUUUGAAUUUAUUUGCUGUCUUCUGUAGCAAUCAUAUCAUAAUUAAUCUUCUGUUUUAGUAUUAAAAAAAAAGUAGAACUUUUCAGAACUGUUAAAUCCGAUAGAGAAUUUCAGUACGUAAUUUUGGCAAAGUUAAUAUGUCGUACAAAUGUUAUCUUUAUUAAACCGAAACAAUACCAUGAUGUAAAUAUAUUGAAAGUUUUGUUUUUUAUGUGGCUUAUCAGGAUAAAUAUAAAAGUCUCUUUCAUGGUAAAUGAAUUUCACUCCCCCCGUAGCUGAACCAAAUUUUUUAGAUUUUAUUAACAGUAACAAGUAAUAAAUUUAGACAGUGUAUCUUCCACUUACCUAUUAUCGCACACUUCUACAGAGGUUGUAGAUUAUGUUGUUACACUAAUGUUCUUUAUCUGAAUUCAGUGUCUGAUAUUUACCCAUUAUAUUUGAAGAAAUAUCACCUUAAAAUUGUGUUUGGAAAUGCUCAUUGCUUAAGAUCUUUUCUUCCAGUCAUAAAUAUUAUAAGCAGUUCUGUAACAAUUUGUUGGCCAAAUUAAAAAAUGGGUUUCCAUAACCUUACAAAAUUAAAAAAAACCAUGAUAGGUGUCAGGUUUUUAGUAACCUUUUUAUGUGUUUGGUAAGUUUUAUUACCAGAAUAUUUAACUAUGGCCUAAUUGCACUUGUAGUAGUUGAAUUAAUAAAAUUAUUAUAUAAUCCCAAAUAUCUUUUAAUGCUGAAAGUUUGUUAAGCAGUUGCACGUGUAACUUAAAUUGUAAAUAACCAAAUAUGUUGCCCGAAAUCAGUUUCUUUUUUGGAUUAAUGAUGUAAAAAAAAAGUCUUGUUGCAAACUUUGUGGGCUUUAGUCAGAAUGUUAAUUUCCUAAAAACGUAUAACGUAUUCUGCUUUUGUUUUUUUUUUAAUUUGACAAUACAAUGUGGAAUUAUCUAUAUAUAUGUCAUUUGUGAUAUAAAAACUAAAACUAUACAUGUCCUGAAUGCCAUGUUCAGUUUUACUAGGUUAAUGCACACGUAUUAAAUACUAAUGUCUUCAACAGAAACUAAUUCACUGAUGUUUACUAGAUGUUGGUGAAUAAAUCAAAAGUCUUUAAAAAUUGAACUGUAAUUACUGCAUCAACAUCAACAUUCAGAUGUUCCAGACAUCUCGUCAGUCAGUUAGAUGACUUGUUUGUAAAUAAUCUGUGGGUGAGUGUGUUUAGAAACGUAUGUAUUGUAGAUGGUAACAUUUUGAUCAGUGUAUAUGCUAAAUUAUUCAUUAUUUUGUGUUCUAUGAUGUUAAUCAUUAUUUAUAUCAACAGUAUUGUAGCAAAUCAAGAUGUAACCUCAAUUAUAGAAGUAACGGAUUCUGUCUUGUAUUCUUAUAGCAAGUUUCAUAAUUAAAAUAUUCAGGUACUAUGUCCGAGUUGAACAUGAUCUAA